CCGUAGCUUUUAACUAGUAUGUAGUAGUGGAAACUUGAACCCUAAACCCGCGUCGUCUCUCUCUUCCGCUUCUCUCGUCCAUCGCCGACUAUGGCCAAAGAGAAACUGAAGCCUCUUCCCACCUCAGAUGGAGGUGAAAUCGCCGAGACUCCUCCCCGAGAGAAGAAGCAUAAGAAGAAGAACAGGAAGCGAGCUGAGCCUGGUCCCGACUUACCUCCAACGCGUGAUUACGGUGUUGAUGAAGAUAGAGAUGGAGUGUUGGUAGACGACGCUCACAACGAGCCCACGAUGGGUGAUAAGUUAUCGAGUCUUAACUUACUAGGUGGAGAGAAAGUUAUCACUGAGGAUUCUGCUCCGAGUGAUGAUAAGCCUCCUACUGCAGCCUCUGUGAACGUUCUUCUGAGACAAGCAUUGCAUGCUGAUGAUCGGUCUCUUCUACUUGAUUGCUUGUACAACCGAGAUGAACAGGUGAUUGCUAACUCCGUUGCUAAGUUGAAUUCAGCAGAAGUACUCAAGCUUUUGAAUUCUCUUUUACCAAUACUACAAUCAAGGGGUGCAGUAUUGGCUUGUACGAUUCCGUGGAUAAAGUCUCUGUUACUUACUCAUUCCAGUGGGAUUAUGUCCCAGGAGUCAUCCUUGCUCGCAUUAAACUCCAUGUAUCAGCUCAUCGAAUCUCGGAUAUCAACUCUUCACACUGCUGUACAAGUUUCAAGCGAAUUGGACUUGAUUGUGGACGACUUGGAUGAAGAAGAAGAAGAAGAUGAAGGUCCUGUGAUCUAUGAGGACAAGGACAGCGAUGAAGAAGAAGGAGGAGCAGGAGCAGAGGAAGCAAUGGAGACAGAUGAAGAGGGAGACGAAUCAGACGAUGAAGAUGCUGAUGGUGUCAAUAGUUUUGAAGAUUUUGACGACAUGAGCGAUUGACAAGACUUCCUUAAAACGGAAAGAGUUUUGAUUUGUGUGAGGCAUAUUUGAUUGUUAGAUGUUAUGAAGGUACAAGUCUCGGCACGAAUUUUGUAAUACGCAAUGUUUCUAUCAGUUGGACUUUGUCCUGACAAAGAGUUUAUUUUUUCUUAAAAAAUUUUGACGGCAAUAUGAAAAGUAUAGAAUUUACAAUUUCCAAUAAGUUAAAUAAACCCAUUUCGAAUCAUUUACAAUUUUAAUAAAGUAAUAAAGCUCAUAGUGAUGAAGUUCAUUAUCUCAGUUUGCUUUUGGUCCAUUAAAAGCAUGGUGAGUCACAGAGUGAACAGAGUGAUUUUUUGCUUUGGAGGAUCCCACUUUGGUGGGUGUGAUCACAAGACCAAAAGCAUGGCCUUCUUUCAAAGGUCAGAGCAAUCAGAUUAUGAGAAAGCUGUCAGGUCUAGAAUGGUGGAAAUUGGUUAUGGAAGAGCAGAUAAUUAAUAGAGGGACUUUUCUCGUUGCACAAAGCGUAACAAAAGAAAAGAGCGUUGGUGAUAGAGUUUAGAUAUAUGAAACUCUAAGAACACUCGCUUAUAAUUCCAAUAGAAAUGAAUAAAGCUUUGAGUAUGAAACAAACUAGACUCUCAUGGCGAUUCCAGCUUGAAGCAACGAGAGAGAUAGACUCAUAGCGUCUAAAUAAUCAACAUCAAAGCAUAAAAAAACAGAAUGAACAACAAUUCUAUUAUUAAAGAAACGAUGAUUCGUAACGGCAAAGACCCUUUUUCCAUCCGCAGAUUUUCUUUUUCAUUUAACUUGCGAUUCAACGUCUCUUGCCACGUCAUCCUUGCUCUGUUUCUCAACUCUGUAAUUAUUCUUUCUCACGUAAGCCUUAUGGUACCUAUCAGUUUGACACAAUCUUAUGUGGUGCAAGGUGCUCCUAGAUGGCUGGCGAUUUAUAUAUGCAUGCCACAUCCCACCACUUCACUCCAGAAUGAGACGCGUCGCCAGAUGUAGCUUUGUGAGAUAGGGAAUGCUGCCAGCCCAUCCAUGAUUUGUGCAUGGUAUAGAAAACGAUGGAUCAUAAAUGCGAGAAGCCUUGAAAAAUAGAGCACAACUGAAGAACAAUUUGUCUAUAUGGCGAGCGGACAGAAUGAGGAGUUCAGUGUGAAGGCCGGCCAAAACGUGGGCCAAGCACAAGUCAGUGGUCUAUAGUUCAGUUUCCCCAUUACUUGUCACUUUUUUAUUAAUAGAAGUGUAAAAAAUGAAAAUUCUUAUGUUUGAUAUCAAGUGAAGAGGGAUGAUUAGAAAGUGGACAACAACACCAACUCUUCUCAAACUUCUGGCUUUCUCCAGCAGAAAGGGGAGAAGGUGAAGAGCAUGGCUCAAAGAGCAUCAGAGGCAGUGAAGAACAAACUGGGGAUGAACAGUGACAACGACAAUGAUUAUAAGAACAAGAACCCUUUGGACAGGAAUAAUCCUAACAACACAACCUGUCCAAGCAUGCCUGGUCAUCUUCCUUCCGAUAUUUAACUUUGUUUUCUUCACAAAACGCAUCUUUUCGAAUUCCACUAGACUCUCUGUAAUAACAAUAAAAGGGAUCCACACAAUACAUUCAACCCAACACAUGUUCAAACCUGGCUUCAGUCUUUGGAAUUCAAAAUAAAAAGAAGACAUGUUGAGACUUUGGUUAUAGUCUUCGGAAUGAUCUUUCUAUCUCAAAAACCGGUUUACACUUAGGUAGUUCCACCCCAGCCCAGGCCAGCUACUGUUCUUUUCACAUGUUUUGAUGGUAGACAUUGCAAGUGCAUUCAUUGGAUCAACAAACUUCUUUAGCAGAGGAUCAUCAUUAUUGCCGCAUCUCAUCUGACACGAGCACCACCACAUUCACCGCCUGCAUCAACAGUACCUACAAUGCUUUCCUCACAAGAUUCCGUGCUCCUUUCAUGUCAUCUCUCUCUUUAUCGCUUAUAUGGCUGGAAUCACCGUAUGCUCCAUCAGUGGAAGGAUUCCCUCAAUCAAUGGAAUUUUCAGAGACGUUUCAGUUUGUUUGUCAGAGAUCUGCAACAGGGGAUGGUGAUGAUGAUAUUCUCAAAUUUACAGAAAAUGCAGAAAACAGGUUAGGGUAGACAUGAAAGCUGAGAAAAGCUCCCACUAACACAUAAACAAGUACCAUCAAAAACCAAACAAAAAGAGAAAAAGAGUUGUUUUGGUGGAGAAACAUGUAGAGAGAAGUAAAAAUACAUUUAGUAUGGAACAUUUCUAAACUUCUAUUUCGUCCCACAUCGGUUUCUUGACUCAAAAUUGUGUUGUUUAUAUAAGUCCUUCAAACAGUUACUGUACGUCGAGCUCAGUAACAAGGGCUUGUGACCCAUGUGGGGACAACAAGUUGGUUGAACACUGGCUCGGUCCACAGGUCGGAUCUGUUGUGGCACUGUUCUGGGCUGCCCAGUCCAAGCCGAGAGUGAACCGUGUGUGUUGAGCGAAGGCUUGGCUCAGGCGGUUCCUAAAGUGGAGGGCAAUGCGCUAGGCUGGUUUCACAGAGCAGCGAUCACCUCCCUCUUUCGGUAGUGGACAGAUCACGGCUUAACGUCACUCAGGUUCACCAUGGCCUGCUGGCUCGUACCCAGCUGGACAACCAUUUUUUUUGUUAACCAAGUUUCAUCUCCUCCAUUAUUAUUUUUUUUUCACAUUUUUUUCCUUUCAUCAAAUUCAGUUGAUACGGAAAAUGCAGUAACGCUGAUAAAAUCUGAUUAAAAACAAAAAUGAUUCGCAGUCAAAUUAGCCUAUCACGUAUGUUAAAAAAUGAUUCAACGGCUCUGCCUAAAAUGCAUUAGUUCGGUUUGGAGUUAGGUUAGAUGCUAACUUAAGCAACAUGAUCUCUUCUUAACCCUUGUUAUUUUACUAAUCUUCUUGGUUCAAAAUUAGGCGGGAAGGGUUAUCGGAGCGGUGACAAUGGGGAGGAGAGGGCGUGUGAGUUAAGUUAAUCUCCGACGCUUAAACCGUAAUUCUCGCCUUGUAAACAAAAUAAACAAUAUUAUGAAAAAAUGGUCAAUGUUAAAAGACAAUAUCAAAUGGGAUUAUUAUCCUCUCGGUAAAUUUGACCGACUUGACAUAUUAUUAUAUGUAUUUCUUCUCAGAACUAUCUGAGUAUUUCCUCUCUUUCUACGUUCAUUUCACACACUCAUGCUAAAUAUAUAUCUAUCCUCUUUAUCACUCGUUGUCUUCUCCACUUUUCACAUAUGUACAUAAGACAAUAAUAAUACUAUAAUAUAACUAUAACCAUCGCCUAUUAUUUACAACACGUUAUCAGCACGACCUCUCAUAUACCGGUAAAAUCCAUCAAUCCGGAAGUUCUAACCAAUCAAAGCUUGUCAGUCCGAAAGUUCUUAAACCAGCCGAGGUAAUGUUUAAAUUUAUGUAUUUCAAUAUAUUUGAUUUAUUUAAAUUUUAUUAUUAUUCUGAAGUAAGAGGCUAGACCCUCUCUGUUUAUUUUUCGGGAUGAUAGGCACUGCAUUUCCCGACUGAUCGUUAUGGUAGGCUAUGCCUUCACGAUCAGAGAAACACGUGAUAGACUUUGCCUCCGUGAAUAAAAAGAAAAGGUCAAAAAUGGUAGACUAAGUCUCCUCGGACCUUGAAAUAAGUAAAAAUCAAAAUAGUAGACCAUGUCUCCUCGGACUUUGAAAAAUAAUGAUUAAUAUGGUAGUCUAUGAUUCCUCGGAUCAUGUGAUAGGGUAAGCCUCCCGAUUUUAUUUAUGUAAUUUAAUUUUUGUCUUUAUUUUAAGCCUUUAAUUUCUGAAUUUAAAUUAUGCAUUUAAAUUCCCGUUUAUAUAUAUUAUUAUUCUAUGAAUAUCAUAUCGAAUUUGAUAGAGCUCAAAAUAAAUGCCCAAUUUUUUACCCCGAAUAAAAUUAAAGAAAAAAAUAAAUUAAUGAAAGUUUUCUUUAUGAAUCACUUCCGAACGGUAUGGUUCGAUUUUGUUUAGAUACUAAAGAUUUUUUUUUUUAAUUUUAGAUCAUGCUUCUGAAAAGAUUCGACAUAUUUUUGUAUAGGUAUACCUAUAGGAGAAAAAAUGUAAAAAUUUUAGUAAGUUCUUAGGUAUUAAGUUAAUCGGAGAAUAUUACGAGAAAUAUAAGAUCUGGGCAGUGGGUGCAGAGAUGCAUCUGAAUGAAAAUGAGCUUUUAGAAAUCAUCGAUAUAUAAACUAUAUCUGAUGAGAAAAGGGUAAAGCCAUGAUAAUUUACACUACUUCAGUGAUGGUUUAUAAGAUGAGGUGUAUCAUGAGUAUCAUGAGAAAGAUCAAGAAGGUCUUUGAGUAAUUAAAUCUUUCAAAGAAAGGAUUCGCCAAUUUGUUGGAGUUGAUGUAAAUCCUCCAUAAAAUUUUAAAAGAAAAAAACUCAUGAUACUAAACCAUCAUGUACGUCCUACUAGAAAAUGACGAAGGUAUGGAUGCGGUAGAAACCGCUAUCGUGGUCGUGGAAGAGGACGAGGAAGAAGAUUCCGUCCAUGUGAAAUAAUUAGAACUUCCACGAAAAAUGAAAGUGGUCGGAUGAUAAAAGGCAAACAGAAAAUGUUUGUUAUAGAUACGACCAGAAAGAAAAUUGGGUACAUAGUUAUCGUACACUCAUCUCUUAUGAGCCCAGACCAUCUUUUCAUGGCUUGAAUACUCAUCUUGAUGAUUCAGAUUUUCUGGUUGGUCCAGAAAAUAAAAAUAAAAUAUCGAUGCGAUAUGAAAAUUAUUUUUCUGAAGAAAUUUUGAGAUUCCGGAUGGAGAUAGACAUACUUGGCAGAUAUUUGGUCAUCGUACAUGGUAACAAAUAUCUAUUUUUUCUCAAAAUAAAUAAGUAUAGUAUUUAGUAAUAUAAACAUAUUAUUGGCUCUAGAAGAGCUUAUGAUGAAAAGACAUGCAUAAGAAGAAGAUGACAAAAUUAUAAAUAAGUGGUAAACCUAAAGUUUACUGAUAUAUGACCAUCUCCAAUAAUGUUAUCAACAUUAUUGUGAAAUGUUGAAAAAUUAGAAGUUUUUCACAUAUAGCAUGUCAAGAAAAUAAAGGAAACCAUCAUGGGUGAUGAAUCAUCAAACAAGUUCACUAUAUGUGAUUUCUUUAAGCAGACCCCAAAUUAAGAUCUCACUCUAAAGGAUUUGAAACAUAAUUCAUCCCAAAUGGGAAAAGUGAAUAUGUUAUUGGUUCUAGAGUGAGAUUAGAUUUUAGACAUGGAGUGUCAUCAUCUCGAGGGGGAGAAUUAAAGAAUCGUAGUAAGUGGAACAUUGAAAAAAUUAUGUUCGCACUCGAAAAAGAACUUGAUAAAGUAAAUUCAAGUAAGAUGAUCCCCAUGAUCGGGUGUAAAAAUGCAGUUGUGCAUGUAAUAAAGACAUAUACAAUCCAAAAGGAUAAAGUAUAUGGAUAAUUAGAAAUAUGCUCGCAAGUUUGUUAGAAACAUAUGAUAAGCUGAUGGAAUGAGAUAUGUAAAUCCAUUUACAAAAUGCAUGCCAGACAUUUUGAUGAAAUAAUGAAAUCUCAUAUUCCUGCUGAAAAUGCUCCAAUAAUAAAAUGUGUCAUAAGCGGAUGAUAUAUGAGUCUAUGUCACGCUAGAGACGUGAUAGACCACUUUGGUUCCAAAGAAUCCUUGAAAAGGAGCAAAUAUAUGAAUAGAGGAUGAAUCUCAUGAUGAGGCCGUUGAUAUGGUUAAUAUAAUAGUCAGGUACCUGGGUAAAUCAUUGAUGAUGAUAAAAAGAUCUCGAUUAACCAUAUCAGUACGGAUAAAAAGAUGGAAACCAAAGAGAAAAUAGAUUGUCGACAAGAAAAUGAAAAAAAUCGCUAUAUAAAUAAGGAUUAUGAAUCUACCUCUAUGUAUGAGGGUAGAGUGAAUUGAUUGGCCAUCAAUUCGAUGUAAAGCUCGUUAGAAAAAUGAGAUAUUUUUGGACCAAAAGUCCAAGGUAUAUAUUUCUCCAGAGAAUAAAAUGAAAGAUGACCUUGAGGUAUGAAAAACGGCUUGUUCCGAGGUCAUUGGUGAAAAUUUAAAAUAGAUGCAGUAUAUUGAUAUGUCUGGCAGGACACAAAAACGACUUGAGUUGUAUCUUGAUAUUUUAGUAAUCCCUGGAGAGUUAAAGAUGCUCUCGGGAAUGUAUAAAACUCUGGAAGAGUUAGAACAAGUCGUAUAUAAGGUAUCUUGAACCAGUAACUAGUGAUAUGUUUAUGGCACGGUUCGCCGAUUGUCAUUUUAAUGAGAAUGAAUUUCCAGUGUUAGAGGGAGGAAUUAGAGAAAUUCCUAAAGAUAUUACAUGGUGUACACAAUCGUUGUUACACCUUGACCCCCCUAUGAAUUAAAGAGAACAUGAAAUUCAGGAAAUUGUGCAUUUGCAUAAUUUGGCAAACCAGUUACCAAAUGUGUUCACAGAUACGACAUGAUAUACCUGCUGAAAAUGUUCCAUCAAGAGUUGAUGUUCCUAAAGAACAAACUGAUGGUAGCAAAAUGAAUGAACCUAGGGUUCAGUUAAAGAGGGGGAGACCAGCGGGUUCUAAAGUUAAAAAUCUCCGAAAGAAAAAAAAAUGUUGAGCAAAGCAAAAGGUUUAGGAAGAACCUGAUAUUGAAAGAUGUCUGAAAGAAGACAUAAAUGGAAGGGUUCCAGAAGAACCUAAUACUGAAAAAUGUCUGAAAGAAGGCAUAUAUGAAAAGGUUCAAGAAGAACCAAAUAAAGAUAGCGAUCCAGAUGACGCGAAGGGAACAUAAAACUAUGAGAUUUCCAUCAACUAUGCCCUUGAUGAAAAGUAAUAGAUAAAAGAUGUUGAUGGAAUGUUCUCUUUUUCUGUGUCCAAAGAUAUCGAUCAUGAAAAUGAUGAUCCCGAUCCAAGGUCCAUUUUGGAAUGUUAAAAGACAUGAUUGGGAGGAGUGGCAGAAGGCCAUUCGAAUUGAAUUAUUCUCCCUAAAUAAAAGGAAUGUCUUUGGACCUAUAGUCAUAACGCGUGAGAAUAUAAAUCUUGUUGGGUAUAAGUGGGUAGUCGUGAGAAAAGUAACACGAUAUAAAGCCUGAUUAAUUGCCCAAGGUUUUUCUCAGAGACCGGAAAUUGUUUUUGAGGAAACUUAUUCCCCGGUAAUAGAUGCAAUUACGUUUAGAUUUUUGAUGUGCUUAAUGGCGUUUAAAAAUCUUGAAAUGCAUCUCAUGGACGUUUUGACUGCAUACUUGUAUGGAUCGUUGGAUAACGAUAUAUGUAUGAAACUUCCUGAGGGAUUGAAAAUGCCAGGGGCAUUCAAAGAAAAAAUCCAGGGAGAUUUGAUCGGUCAGUUACAGCGAUCAUUAUACGGAUUAUAAAGAAAUCGUCAUCUGGCUUUGUGAUCAUUGAUGUAUAUGUAGAUGACCUGAGCAUAAUUGGAACGAAAAAAAAGGAGGCUGAUGAUGCUUGAAAUCAUAUGAAAGAGGAGUUCGAAAUGAAAGAUCUCGGAAAAACAAAGUUUUGUCUUGGGCUCCAGAUAGAGCAUCUCCGAGAAAGAAUAAUUGUGCAUCUAUCAAAUCAUACGAAAAGGUUAUUGAAACGCUUUUGUACGAAUAAAGCGACUCUUUUGAGUACUCCAAUGGUAAAUAGAUCUCUCGAUGUUGAAAGAGAUGUUUAAAAGAUCCUGGUAAGAUCUUACAUAAAUAAGUACUUUGGAGAUGUUAAUGGUAAUAAAGCAUAUAUGAGCUUAUAUAUCUUGCGAGUUAUAUUUGAUUAAAUAUAUUUUUUGACACUAAUGUCUUUGCAAGAUACAUCUCAUUUCCUAUUUAUGGAAAUUAGAAUGGCGUCGAGAACAUGUCAGUUCUCUCCGAGGUACGUAUUGAUUCAGAAUUGGUUUAUCAUAGAAACUCCGAGUUUGGUAUGGUUUUGCAGAUACAUGUUAUUUAUAAAGUCGGACGUAAACCGGAUAUGGUUUUACAAUUGGUGGAACCGCGAUCUCUUGACGGUCCCAGAAACAAACUCUGGUUGCGACAUCUUCGAAUCAUGCAGAAACUAUUGCGCUUCACGAAGUAUGUCGAGAAUGUGUGUGGCUUCGGUCAAUGAGUCACCACCUACAAUAAUCAAACAGAAUAGUCAACGAGAAAAAACAGACGAAAAUAUUUAAAGAUAAUUUGGUUUGUGUUGCUCAACUCAAAGAAUGAUAUAUCAAGAGCGACAUAACAAAACACAUAACCAAGAAGUGGACAUUGAAUGUGUACGGUCAUGCGACAAUCUGGCUUACUUGUUCACAAAAGCUUUUCCGACUACAACAUUCCGAAAAUACGUCUAUGGUAUCAGAAUGCAGCAUUUGCGUGACCUAUGAUGAGAAAUCUAUGUCUACUAUUUUUAUGAGGAGAUAAUAGCAGUGUAUUUUUUUUCUUGUCAUGGUUUUUGUCCUAAUGGAUUUUUCUGUGAUCAGGUUUUUAACGAGGCAAUACGUAAUACAAGUCGGAUAAUCGAGGGAGUGUGUUAAAAAAUAAUAUCAAAUGAGAUGAUUAUCCUCUCGGUAAAUUUGACCGACUCGACAUAUUAUUAUAUGUAUUUCUUCUCAGAAAUAUCUGAGUUUGACCGACUCAUUUUCUGUAUAAAUAGUGGUCUUGUGUUAUAGAAAAGAUGAUCAAUCAAGAAUUAUAGUUUCAUCUCUCUUUCUACGUUCAUUUCACACACCCAUACUAAAUAUAUAUCUAUCCUCUUUAUCACUCGUCGUCUUCUCCAAUUUUCGCAUAUAUACAUAAGACAAUAAUAAUACUAUAAUAAAACUAUAACCCUUGCCUUUUAUGUACAACAGUCAAUUUUAUUUAGCUUUUUGGAAUCUUGCUUCCUUGUUUCUCCAAAUUAACAAAGUCAGAUUCAAUUGUUAGGCAACAUCUCUUACACUCCGUCCAAGCACAAUAUUUAGAUUCCAUGCUCUUUUCAAUAAUAAAUAAAAACAUGAUUAAUGCAUGCCAAUGUAUGUAUUAUUCUAUGUUGCAUGGAAACUCGGUUGAAGGUCCGUUUCAUGUUUCUGAAUCUCUCGGAAACACAUUUGAAACUUGUUACUUAAAAAGCUCAGUUUCGAAACUUAGCGAAAACUUGCGUUUAUGUUUUGGAAACUCGUGUUUCUAUUCUGAAAACGCUAGAAAUUUUCAAUUGGUUAUGACUCGUUGUUAUGAUUUUUAUUUUAGUUAAACUAUUUAAUAUUUAAGUACCGAAUUUUUGUUAUUUUGAAAUUUUUAUAUGAUUUUAAUGUUUAAUGAUGAAAUUUUUAUACGAUUGUGGACGACUUGGAUGAAGAAGAAGAAGAAGAUGAAGGUCCUGUGAUCUAUGAGGACAAGGACAGCGAUGAAGAAGAAGGAGGAGCAGGAGCAGAGGAAGCAAUGGAGACAGAUGAAGAGGGAGACGAAUCAGACGAUGAAGAUGCUGAUGGUGUCAAUAGUUUUGAAGAUUUUGACGACAUGAGCGAUUGACAAGACUUCCUUAAAACGGAAAGAGUUUUGAUUUGUGUGAGGCAUAUUUGAUUGUUAGAUGUUAUGAAGGUACAAGUCUCGGCACGAAUUUUGUAAUACGCAAUGUUUCUAUCAGUUGGACUUUGUCCUGACAAAGAGUUUAUUUUUUCUUAAAAAAUUUUGACGGCAAUAUGAAAAGUAUAGAAUUUACAAUUUCCAAUAAGUUAAAUAAACCCAUUUCGAAUCAUUUACAAUUUUAAUAAAGUAAUAAAGCUCAUAGUGAUGAAGUUCAUUAUCUCAGUUUGCUUUUGGUCCAUUAAAAGCAUGGUGAGUCACAGAGUGAACAGAGUGAUUUUUUGCUUUGGAGGAUCCCACUUUGGUGGGUGUGAUCACAAGACCAAAAGCAUGGCCUUCUUUCAAAGGUCAGAGCAAUCAGAUUAUGAGAAAGCUGUCAGGUCUAGAAUGGUGGAAAUUGGUUAUGGAAGAGCAGAUAAUUAAUAGAGGGACUUUUCUCGUUGCACAAAGCGUAACAAAAGAAAAGAGCGUUGGUGAUAGAGUUUAGAUAUAUGAAACUCUAAGAACACUCGCUUAUAAUUCCAAUAGAAAUGAAUAAAGCUUUGAGUAUGAAACAAACUAGACUCUCAUGGCGAUUCCAGCUUGAAGCAACGAGAGAGAUAGACUCAUAGCGUCUAAAUAAUCAACAUCAAAGCAUAAAAAAACAGAAUGAACAACAAUUCUAUUAUUAAAGAAACGAUGAUUCGUAACGGCAAAGACCCUUUUUCCAUCCGCAGAUUUUCUUUUUCAUUUAACUUGCGAUUCAACGUCUCUUGCCACGUCAUCCUUGCUCUGUUUCUCAACUCUGUAAUUAUUCUUUCUCACGUAAGCCUUAUGGUACCUAUCAGUUUGACACAAUCUUAUGUGGUGCAAGGUGCUCCUAGAUGGCUGGCGAUUUAUAUAUGCAUGCCACAUCCCACCACUUCACUCCAGAAUGAGACGCGUCGCCAGAUGUAGCUUUGUGAGAUAGGGAAUGCUGCCAGCCCAUCCAUGAUUUGUGCAUGGUAUAGAAAACGAUGGAUCAUAAAUGCGAGAAGCCUUGAAAAAUAGAGCACAACUGAAGAACAAUUUGUCUAUAUGGCGAGCGGACAGAAUGAGGAGUUCAGUGUGAAGGCCGGCCAAAACGUGGGCCAAGCACAAGUCAGUGGUCUAUAGUUCAGUUUCCCCAUUACUUGUCACUUUUUUAUUAAUAGAAGUGUAAAAAAUGAAAAUUCUUAUGUUUGAUAUCAAGUGAAGAGGGAUGAUUAGAAAGUGGACAACAACACCAACUCUUCUCAAACUUCUGGCUUUCUCCAGCAGAAAGGGGAGAAGGUGAAGAGCAUGGCUCAAAGAGCAUCAGAGGCAGUGAAGAACAAACUGGGGAUGAACAGUGACAACGACAAUGAUUAUAAGAACAAGAACCCUUUGGACAGGAAUAAUCCUAACAACACAACCUGUCCAAGCAUGCCUGGUCAUCUUCCUUCCGAUAUUUAACUUUGUUUUCUUCACAAAACGCAUCUUUUCGAAUUCCACUAGACUCUCUGUAAUAACAAUAAAAGGGAUCCACACAAUACAUUCAACCCAACACAUGUUCAAACCUGGCUUCAGUCUUUGGAAUUCAAAAUAAAAAAGAAGACAUGUUGAGACUUUGGUUAUAGUCUUCGGAAUGAUCUUUCUAUCUCAAAAACCGGUUUACACUUAGGUAGUUCCACCCCAGCCCAGGCCAGCUACUGUUCUUUUCACAUGUUUUGAUGGUAGACAUUGCAAGUGCAUUCAUUGGAUCAACAAACUUCUUUAGCAGAGGAUCAUCAUUAUUGCCGCAUCUCAUCUGACACGAGCACCACCACAUUCACCGCCUGCAUCAACAGUACCUACAAUGCUUUCCUCACAAGAUUCCGUGCUCCUUUCAUGUCAUCUCUCUCUUUAUCGCUUAUAUGGCUGGAAUCACCGUAUGCUCCAUCAGUGGAAGGAUUCCCUCAAUCAAUGGAAUUUUCAGAGACGUUUCAGUUUGUUUGUCAGAGAUCUGCAACAGGGGAUGGUGAUGAUGAUAUUCUCAAAUUUACAGAAAAUGCAGAAAACAGGUUAGGGUAGACAUGAAAGCUGAGAAAAGCUCCCACUAACACAUAAACAAGUACCAUCAAAAACCAAACAAAAAGAGAAAAAGAGUUGUUUUGGUGGAGAAACAUGUAGAGAGAAGUAAAAAUACAUUUAGUAUGGAACAUUUCUAAACUUCUAUUUCGUCCCACAUCGGUUUCUUGACUCAAAAUUGUGUUGUUUAUAUAAGUCCUUCAAACAGUUACUGUACGUCGAGCUCAGUAACAAGGGCUUGUGACCCAUGUGGGGACAACAAGUUGGUUGAACACUGGCUCGGUCCACAGGUCGGAUCUGUUGUGGCACUGUUCUGGGCUGCCCAGUCCAAGCCGAGAGUGAACCGUGUGUGUUGAGCGAAGGCUUGGCUCAGGCGGUUCCUAAAGUGGAGGGCAAUGCGCUAGGCUGGUUUCACAGAGCAGCGAUCACCUCCCUCUUUCGGUAGUGGACGGAUCACGGCUUAACGUCACUCAGGUUCACCAUGGCCUGCUGGCUCGUACCCAGCUGGACAACCAUUUUUUUUUGUUAACCAAGUUUCAUCUCCUCCAUUAUUAUUUUUUUUUCACAUUUUUUUCCUUUCAUCAAAUUCAGUUGAUACGGAAAAUGCAGUAACGCUGAUAAAAUCUGAUUAAAAACAAAAAUGAUUCGCAGUCAAAUUAGCCUAUCACGUAUGUUAAAAAAUGAUUCAACGGCUCUGCCUAAAAUGCAUUAGUUCGGUUUGGAGUUAGGUUAGAUGCUAACUUAAGCAACAUGAUCUCUUCUUAACCCUUGUUAUUUUACUAAUCUUCUUGGUUCAAAAUUAGGCGGGAAGGGUUAUCGGAGCGGUGACAAUGGGGAGGAGAGGGCGUGUGAGUUAAGUUAAUCUCCGACGCUUAAACCGUAAUUCUCGCCUUGUAAACAAAAUAAACAAUAUUAUGAAAAAAUGGUCAAUGUUAAAAGACAAUAUCAAAUGGGAUUAUUAUCCUCUCGGUAAAUUUGACCGACUUGACAUAUUAUUAUAUGUAUUUCUUCUCAGAACUAUCUGAGUAUUUCCUCUCUUUCUACGUUCAUUUCACACACUCAUGCUAAAUAUAUAUCUAUCCUCUUUAUCACUCGUUGUCUUCUCCACUUUUCACAUAUGUACAUAAGACAAUAAUAAUACUAUAAUAUAACUAUAACCAUCGCCUAUUAUUUACAACACGUUAUCAGCACGACCUCUCAUAUACCGGUAAAAUCCAUCAAUCCGGAAGUUCUAACCAAUCAAAGCUUGUCAGUCCGAAAGUUCUUAAACCAGCCGAGGUAAUGUUUAAAUUUAUGUAUUUCAAUAUAUUUGAUUUAUUUAAAUUUUAUUAUUAUUCUGAAGUAAGAGGCUAGACCCUCUCUGUUUAUUUUUCGGGAUGAUAGGCACUGCAUUUCCCGACUGAUCGUUAUGGUAGGCUAUGCCUUCACGAUCAGAGAAACACGUGAUAGACUUUGCCUCCGUGAAUAAAAAGAAAAGGUCAAAAAUGGUAGACUAAGUCUCCUCGGACCUUGAAAUAAGUAAAAAUCAAAAUAGUAGACCAUGUCUCCUCGGACUUUGAAAAAUAAUGAUUAAUAUGGUAGUCUAUGAUUCCUCGGAUCAUGUGAUAGGGUAAGCCUCCCGAUUUUAUUUAUGUAAUUUAAUUUUUGUCUUUAUUUUAAGCCUUUAAUUUCUGAAUUUAAAUUAUGCAUUUAAAUUCCCGUUUAUAUAUAUUAUUAUUCUAUGAAUAUCAUAUCGAAUUUGAUAGAGCUCAAAAUAAAUGCCCAAUUUUUUACCCCGAAUAAAAUUAAAGAAAAAAAUAAAUUAAUGAAAGUUUUCUUUAUGAAUCACUUCCGAACGGUAUGGUUCGAUUUUGUUUAGAUACUAAAGAUUUUUUUUUUUAAUUUUAGAUCAUGCUUCUGAAAAGAUUCGACAUAUUUUUGUAUAGGUAUACCUAUAGGAGAAAAAAUGUAAAAAUUUUAGUAAGUUCUUAGGUAUUAAGUUAAUCGGAGAAUAUUACGAGAAAUAUAAGAUCUGGGCAGUGGGUGCAGAGAUGCAUCUGAAUGAAAAUGAGCUUUUAGAAAUCAUCGAUAUAUAAACUAUAUCUGAUGAGAAAAGGGUAAAGCCAUGAUAAUUUACACUACUUCAGUGAUGGUUUAUAAAAUGAGGUGUAUCAUGAGUAUCAUGAGAAAGAUCAAGAAGGUCUUUGAGUAAUUAAAUCUUUCAAAGAAAGGAUUCGCCAAUUUGUUGGAGUUGAUGUAAAUCCUCCAUAAAAUUUUAAAAGAAAAAAACUCAUGAUACUAAACCAUCAUGUACGUCCUACUAGAAAAUGACGAAGGUAUGGAUGCGGUAGAAACCGCUAUCGUGGUCGUAGAAGAGGACGAGGAAGAAGAUUCCGUCCAUGUGAAAUAAUUAGAACUUCCACGAAAAAUGAAAGUGGUCGGAUGAUAAAAGGCAAACAGAAAAUGUUUGUUAUAGAUACGACCAGAAAGAAAAUUGGGUACAUAGUUAUCGUACACUCAUCUCUUAUGAGCCCAGACCAUCUUUUCAUGGCUUGAAUACUCAUCUUGAUGAUUCAGAUUUUCUGGUUGGUCCAGAAAAUAAAAAUAAAAUAUCGAUGCGAUAUGAAAAUUAUUUUUCUGAAGAAAUUUUGAGAUUCCGGAUGGAGAUAGACAUACUUGGCAGAUAUUUGGUCAUCGUACAUGGUAACAAAUAUCUAUUUUUUCUCAAAAUAAAUAAGUAUAGUAUUUAGUAAUAUAAACAUAUUAUUGGCUCUAGAAGAGCUUAUGAUGAAAAGACAUGCAUAAGAAGAAGAUGACAAAAUUAUAAAUAAGUGGUAAACCUAAAGUUUACUGAUAUAUGACCAUCUCCAAUAAUGUUAUCAACAUUAUUGUGAAAUGUUGAAAAAUUAGAAGUUUUUCACAUAUAGCAUGUCAAGAAAAUAAAGGAAACCAUCAUGGGUGAUGAAUCAUCAAACAAGUUCACUAUAUGUGAUUUCUUUAAGCAGACCCCAAAUUAAGAUCUCACUCUAAAGGAUUUGAAACAUAAUUCAUCCCAAAUGGGAAAAGUGAAUAUGUUAUUGGUUCUAGAGUGAGAUUAGAUUUUAGACAUGGAGUGUCAUCAUCUCGAGGGGGAGAAUUAAAGAAUCGUAGUAAGUGGAACAUUGAAAAAAUUAUGUUCGCACUCGAAAAAGAACUUGAUAAAGUAAAUUCAAGUAAGAUGAUCCCCAUGAUCGGGUGUAAAAAUGCAGUUGUGCAUGUAAUAAAGACAUAUACAAUCCAAAAGGAUAAAGUAUAUGGAUAAUUAGAAAUAUGCUCGCAAGUUUGUUAGAAACAUAUGAUAAGCUGAUGGAAUGAGAUAUGUAAAUCCAUUUACAAAAUGCAUGCCAGACAUUUUGAUGAAAUAAUGAAAUCUCAUAUUCCUGCUGAAAAUGCUCCAAUAAUAAAAUGUGUCAUAAGCGGAUGAUAUAUGAGUCUAUGUCACGCUAGAGACGUGAUAGACCACUUUGGUUCCAAAGAAUCCUUGAAAAGGAGCAAAUAUAUGAAUAGAGGAUGAAUCUCAUGAUGAGGCCGUUGAUAUGGUUAAUAUAAUAGUCAGGUACCUGGGUAAAUCAUUGAUGAUGAUAAAAAGAUCUCGAUUAACCAUAUCAGUACGGAUAAAAAGAUGGAAACCAAAGAGAAAAUAGAUUGUCGACAAGAAAAUGAAAAAAAUCGCUAUAUAAAUAAGGAUUAUGAAUCUACCUCUAUGUAUGAGGGUAGAGUGAAUUGAUUGGCCAUCAAUUCGAUGUAAAGCUCGUUAGAAAAAUGAGAUAUUUUUGGACCAAAAGUCCAAGGUAUAUAUUUCUCCAGAGAAUAAAAUGAAAGAUGACCUUGAGGUAUGAAAAACGGCUUGUUCCGAGGUCAUUGGUGAAAAUUUAAAAUAGAUGCAGUAUAUUGAUAUGUCUGGCAGGACACAAAAACGACUUGAGUUGUAUCUUGAUAUUUUAGUAAUCCCUGGAGAGUUAAAGAUGCUCUCGGGAAUGUAUAAAACUCUGGAAGAGUUAGAACAAGUCGUAUAUAAGGUAUCUUGAACCAGUAACUAGUGAUAUGUUUAUGGCACGGUUCGCCGAUUGUCAUUUUAAUGAGAAUGAAUUUCCAGUGUUAGAGGGAGGAAUUAGAGAAAUUCCUAAAGAUAUUACAUGGUGUACACAAUCGUUGUUACACCUUGACCCCCCUAUGAAUUAAAGAGAACAUGAAAUUCAGGAAAUUGUGCAUUUGCAUAAUUUGGCAAACCAGUUACCAAAUGUGUUCACAGAUACGACAUGAUAUACCUGCUGAAAAUGUUCCAUCAAGAGUUGAUGUUCCUAAAGAACAAACUGAUGGUAGCAAAAUGAAUGAACCUAGGGUUCAGUUAAAGAGGGGGAGACCAGCGGGUUCUAAAGUUAAAAAUCUCCGAAAGAAAAAAAAAUGUUGAGCAAAGCAAAAGGUUUAGGAAGAACCUGAUAUUGAAAGAUGUCUGAAAGAAGACAUAAAUGGAAGGGUUCCAGAAGAACCUAAUACUGAAAAAUGUCUGAAAGAAGGCAUAUAUGAAAAGGUUCAAGAAGAACCAAAUAAAGAUAGCGAUCCAGAUGACGCGAAGGGAACAUAAAACUAUGAGAUUUCCAUCAACUAUGCCCUUGAUGAAAAGUAAUAGAUAAAAGAUGUUGAUGGAAUGUUCUCUUUUUCUGUGUCCAAAGAUAUCGAUCAUGAAAAUGAUGAUCCCAAUCCAAGGUCCAUUUUGGAAUGUUAAAAGACAUGAUUGGGAGGAGUGGCAGAAGGCCAUUCGAAUUGAAUUAUUCUCCCUAAAUAAAAGGAAUGUCUUUGGACCUAUAGUCAUAACGCGUGAGAAUAUAAAUCUUGUUGGGUAUAAGUGGGUAGUCGUGAGAAAAGUAACACGAUAUAAAGCCUGAUUAAUUGCCCAAGGUUUUUCUCAGAGACCGGGAAUUGUUUUUGAGGAAACUUAUUCCCCGGUAAUAGAUGCAAUUACGUUUAGAUUUUUGAUGUGCUUAAUGGCGUUUAAAAAUCUUGAAAUGCAUCUCAUGGACGUUUUGACUGCAUACUUGUAUGGAUCGUUGGAUAACGAUAUAUGUAUGAAACUUCCUGAGGGAUUGAAAAUGCCAGGGGCAUUCAAAGAAAAAAUCCAGGGAGAUUUGAUCGGUCAGUUACAGCGAUCAUUAUACGGAUUAUAAAGAAAUCGUCAUCUGGCUUUGUGAUCAUUGAUGUAUAUGUAGAUGACCUGAGCAUAAUUGGAACGAAAAAAAAGGAGGCUGAUGAUGCUUGAAAUCAUAUGAAAGAGGAGUUCGAAAUGAAAGAUCUCGGAAAAACAAAGUUUUGUCUUGGGCUCCAGAUAGAGCAUCUCCGAGAAAGAAUAAUUGUGCAUCUAUCAAAUCAUACGAAAAGGUUAUUGAAACGCUUUUGUACGAAUAAAGCGACUCUUUUGAGUACUCCAAUGGUAAAUAGAUCUCUCGAUGUUGAAAGAGAUGUUUAAAAGAUCCUGGUAAGAUCUUACAUAAAUAAGUACUUUGGAGAUGUUAAUGGUAAUAAAGCAUAUAUGAGCUUAUAUAUCUUGCGAGUUAUAUUUGAUUAAAUAUAUUUUUUGACACUAAUGUCUUUGCAAGAUACAUCUCAUUUCCUAUUUAUGGAAAUUAGAAUGGCGUCGAGAACAUGUCAGUUCUCUCCGAGGUACGUAUUGAUUCAGAAUUGGUUUAUCAUAGAAACUCCGAGUUUGGUAUGGUUUUGCAGAUACAUGUUAUUUAUAAAGUCGGACGUAAACCGGAUAUGGUUUUACAAUUGGUGGAACCGCGAUCUCUUGACGGUCCCAGAAACAAACUCUGGUUGCGACAUCUUCGAAUCAUGCAGAAACUAUUGCGCUUCACGAAGUAUGUCGAGAAUGUGUGUGGCUUCGGUCAAUGAGUCACCACCUACAAUAAUCAAACAGAAUAGUCAACGAGAAAAAACAGACGAAAAUAUUUAAAGAUAAUUUGGUUUGUGUUGCUCAACUCAAAGAAUGAUAUAUCAAGAGCGACAUAACAAAACACAUAACCAAGAAGUGGACAUUGAAUGUGUACGGUCAUGCGACAAUCUGGCUUACUUGUUCACAAAAGCUUUUCCGACUACAACAUUCCGAAAAUACGUCUAUGGUAUCAGAAUGCAGCAUUUGCGUGACCUAUGAUGAGAAAUCUAUGUCUACUAUUUUUAUGAGGAGAUAAUAGCAGUGUAUUUUUUUUCUUGUCAUGGUUUUUGUCCUAAUGGAUUUUUCUGUGAUCAGGUUUUUAACGAGGCAAUACGUAAUACAAGUCGGAUAAUCGAGGGAGUGUGUUAAAAAAUAAUAUCAAAUGAGAUGAUUAUCCUCUCGGUAAAUUUGACCGACUCGACAUAUUAUUAUAUGUAUUUCUUCUCAGAAAUAUCUGAGUUUGACCGACUCAUUUUCUGUAUAAAUAGUGGUCUUGUGUUAUAGAAAAGAUGAUCAAUCAAGAAUUAUAGUUUCAUCUCUCUUUCUACGUUCAUUUCACACACCCAUACUAAAUAUAUAUCUAUCCUCUUUAUCACUCGUCGUCUUCUCCAAUUUUCGCAUAUAUACAUAAGACAAUAAUAAUACUAUAAUAAAACUAUAACCCUUGCCUUUUAUGUACAACAGUCAAUUUUAUUUAGCUUUUUGGAAUCUUGCUUCCUUGUUUCUCCAAAUUAACAAAGUCAGAUUCAAUUGUUAGGCAACAUCUCUUACACUCCGUCCAAGCACAAUAUUUAGAUUCCAUGCUCUUUUCAAUAAUAAAUAAAAACAUGAUUAAUGCAUGCCAAUGUAUGUAUUAUUCUAUGUUGCAUGGAAACUCGGUUGAAGGUCCGUUUCAUGUUUCUGAAUCUCUCGGAAACACAUUUGAAACUUGUUACUUAAAAAGCUCAGUUUCGAAACUUAGCGAAAACUUGCGUUUAUGUUUUGGAAACUCGUGUUUCUAUUCUGAAAACGCUAGAAAUUUUCAAUUGGUUAUGACUCGUUGUUAUGAUUUUUAUUUUAGUUAAACUAUUUAAUAUUUAAGUACCGAAUUUUUGUUAUUUUGAAAUUUUUAUAUGAUUUUAAUGUUUAAUGAUGAAAUUUUUAUACGAUUGUGGACGACUUGGAUGAAGAAGAAGAAGAAGAUGAAGGUCCUGUGAUCUAUGAGGACAAGGACAGCGAUGAAGAAGAAGGAGGAGCAGGAGCAGAGGAAGCAAUGGAGACAGAUGAAGAGGGAGACGAAUCAGACGAUGAAGAUGCUGAUGGUGUCAAUAGUUUUGAAGAUUUUGACGACAUGAGCGAUUGACAAGACUUCCUUAAAACGGAAAGAGUUUUGAUUUGUGUGAGGCAUAUUUGAUUGUUAGAUGUUAUGAAGGUACAAGUCUCGGCACGAAUUUUGUAAUACGCAAUGUUUCUAUCAGUUGGACUUUGUCCUGACAAAGAGUUUAUUUUUUCUUAAAAAAUUUUGACGGCAAUAUGAAAAGUAUAGAAUUUACAAUUUCCAAUAAGUUAAAUAAACCCAUUUCGAAUCAUUUACAAUUUUAAUAAAGUAAUAAAGCUCAUAGUGAUGAAGUUCAUUAUCUCAGUUUGCUUUUGGUCCAUUAAAAGCAUGGUGAAUCACAGAGUGAACAGAGUGAUUUUUUGCUUUGGAGGAUCCCACUUUGGUGGGUGUGAUCACAAGACCAAAAGCAUGGCCUUCUUUCAAAGGUCAGAGCAAUCAGAUUAUGAGAAAGCUGUCAGGUCUAGAAUGGUGGAAAUUGGUUAUGGAAGAGCAGAUAAUUAAUAGAGGGACUUUUCUCGUUGCACAAAGCGUAACAAAAGAAAAGAGCGUUGGUGAUAGAGUUUAGAUAUAUGAAACUCUAAGAACACUCGCUUAUAAUUCCAAUAGAAAUGAAUAAAGCUUUGAGUAUGAAACAAACUAGACUCUCAUGGCGAUUCCAGCUUGAAGCAACGAGAGAGAUAGACUCAUAGCGUCUAAAUAAUCAACAUCAAAGCAUAAAAAAACAGAAUGAACAACAAUUCUAUUAUUAAAGAAACGAUGAUUCGUAACGGCAAAGACCCUUUUUCCAUCCGCAGAUUUUCUUUUUCAUUUAACUUGCGAUUCAACGUCUCUUGCCACGUCAUCCUUGCUCUGUUUCUCAACUCUGUAAUUAUUCUUUCUCACGUAAGCCUUAUGGUACCUAUCAGUUUGACACAAUCUUAUGUGGUGCAAGGUGCUCCUAGAUGGCUGGCGAUUUAUAUAUGCAUGCCACAUCCCACCACUUCACUCCAGAAUGAGACGCGUCGCCAGAUGUAGCUUUGUGAGAUAGGGAAUGCUGCCAGCCCAUCCAUGAUUUGUGCAUGGUAUAGAAAACGAUGGAUCAUAAAUGCGAGAAGCCUUGAAAAAUAGAGCACAACUGAAGAACAAUUUGUCUAUAUGGCGAGCGGACAGAAUGAGGAGUUCAGUGUGAAGGCCGGCCAAAACGUGGGCCAAGCACAAGUCAGUGGUCUAUAGUUCAGUUUCCCCAUUACUUGUCACUUUUUUAUUAAUAGAAGUGUAAAAAAUGAAAAUUCUUAUGUUUGAUAUCAAGUGAAGAGGGAUGAUUAGAAAGUGGACAACAACACCAACUCUUCUCAAACUUCUGGCUUUCUCCAGCAGAAAGGGGAGAAGGUGAAGAGCAUGGCUCAAAGAGCAUCAGAGGCAGUGAAGAACAAACUGGGGAUGAACAGUGACAACGACAAUGAUUAUAAGAACAAGAACCCUUUGGACAGGAAUAAUCCUAACAACACAACCUGUCCAAGCAUGCCUGGUCAUCUUCCUUCCGAUAUUUAACUUUGUUUUCUUCACAAAACGCAUCUUUUCGAAUUCCACUAGACUCUCUGUAAUAACAAUAAAAGGGAUCCACACAAUACAUUCAACCCAACACAUGUUCAAACCUGGCUUCAGUCUUUGGAAUUCAAAAUAAAAAAGAAGACAUGUUGAGACUUUGGUUAUAGUCUUCGGAAUGAUCUUUCUAUCUCAAAAACCGGUUUACACUUAGGUAGUUCCACCCCAGCCCAGGCCAGCUACUGUUCUUUUCACAUGUUUUGAUGGUAGACAUUGCAAGUGCAUUCAUUGGAUCAACAAACUUCUUUAGCAGAGGAUCAUCAUUAUUGCCGCAUCUCAUCUGACACGAGCACCACCACAUUCACCGCCUGCAUCAACAGUACCUACAAUGCUUUCCUCACAAGAUUCCGUGCUCCUUUCAUGUCAUCUCUCUCUUUAUCGCUUAUAUGGCUGGAAUCACCGUAUGCUCCAUCAGUGGAAGGAUUCCCUCAAUCAAUGGAAUUUUCAGAGACGUUUCAGUUUGUUUGUCAGAGAUCUGCAACAGGGGAUGGUGAUGAUGAUAUUCUCAAAUUUACAGAAAAUGCAGAAAACAGGUUAGGGUAGACAUGAAAGCUGAGAAAAGCUCCCACUAACACAUAAACAAGUACCAUCAAAAACCAAACAAAAAGAGAAAAAGAGUUGUUUUGGUGGAGAAACAUGUAGAGAGAAGUAAAAAUACAUUUAGUAUGGAACAUUUCUAAACUUCUAUUUCGUCCCACAUCGGUUUCUUGACUCAAAAUUGUGUUGUUUAUAUAAGUCCUUCAAACAGUUACUGUACGUCGAGCUCAGUAACAAGGGCUUGUGACCCAUGUGGGGACAACAAGUUGGUUGAACACUGGCUCGGUCCACAGGUCGGAUCUGUUGUGGCACUGUUCUGGGCUGCCCAGUCCAAGCCGAGAGUGAACCGUGUGUGUUGAGCGAAGGCUUGGCUCAGGCGGUUCCUAAAGUGGAGGGCAAUGCGCUAGGCUGGUUUCACAGAGCAGCGAUCACCUCCCUCUUUCGGUAGUGGACGGAUCACGGCUUAACGUCACUCAGGUUCACCAUGGCCUGCUGGCUCGUACCCAGCUGGACAACCAUUUU